UUCAGUUGAUUGUCAAGAUGACCAACUACUGGAAAAUCUGUGUCUUUGCAGUGAUAUUGCUUCCUGUGGUUACGCCGAUGCAUUCAGACUGUUUUAUCAGGAAGGAACAGGAGGCCUGCUUAGAGACCAUCCGAAAACUGACCACCUUAAUCCCACUGAACGAAUCAGCACCAGGUUGCCCAGGGAUGUGGGAUAACAUUACCUGUUGGAAGCCUGCCUUUGUGGGUGAGGUUGUUUUCGUCAAAUGCCCAGCACUCUUCACGAUGGUGAACAUCGAUGACGGCUGGGAUGUGAAUAGCAUGGCCUAUGCUCAACCAGGUGAUCUUGAACUACUGGACAAUCCAGAACAAAUUCUAGGUGGAUCUCCAGAUUUAAAGGUUGUCAGCAGGAACUGCACGGAGGAAGGCUGGUCAGAACCUUUCCCUCACUACUAUGAUGCCUGUGGGUUUGAUGACAAUGAUACCACGUCUGAUUAUAACCAGGAUUACUACUACCUCUCAGUGAAGGCUCUGUACACGGUGGGCUACAGCACCUCCCUUGUGUCGCUCACCACAGCAAUGGUGAUCUUGUGCCGUUUCAGGAAACUGCACUGCACACGGAACUUCAUUCACAUGAACCUCUUUGUCUCCUUCAUCCUGCGAGCCAUAUUGGUCUUCAUUAAGGAUGGCAUUCUCUACGCUGAGCAGGACAGCAACCAUUGUUUUAUCUCCACGGUGGAAUGCAAGGCAGUGAUGGUCUUUUUCCACUACUGCGUCAUGUCCAACUAUUUCUGGCUCUUCAUUGAAGGGCUGUACCUCUUCACCUUGCUGGUGGAAACUUUCUUUCCAGAGAGGAGAUAUUUCUACUGGUAUACCAUCAUUGGCUGGGGAACUCCCACCAUUUGCGUCACCAUCUGGGCUGUCCUUAGACUUCACUUUGAUGACGUUGGCUGCUGGGACAUGAAUGACAACACAGCUUUGUGGUGGGUGAUCAAAGGCCCUGUGGUUGCAUCAAUAAUGAUCAACUUUUUGCUUUUUGUUGGUAUCAUCAUCAUCUUGGUUCAGAAGCUCCAGUCACCUGAUAUUGGGGGCAACGAAUCCAGCAUUUACUUGAGACUGGCUCGGUCAACCUUGCUACUUAUUCCACUGUUUGGGAUUCAUUAUACAGUGUUUGCCUUUUAUCCAGAGAAUGUCAGCAAAAGGGAGAGGCUGGUCUUCGAACUGGGGCUAGGAUCUUUCCAGGGCUUCGUUGUUGCUGUACUCUACUGCUUCCUGAAUGGGGAGGUGCAAUCAGAAAUAAAGAGGAAAUGGAGGAGCUGGAAAGUCAACCGGUACUUUGCUGUGGAUUUCAAACAUCGCCAUCCCUCUCUAGCAAGCAGCGGUGUGAACGGGGGGACUCAAUUGUCCAUUCUGAGCAAGAGCAGCUCACAGAUCCGCAUGUCGAGCAUAAAUGCGGAGAACCUGGCGACAUGAGCGCAUAAACAACCGCCCUCCCCUUCCCCAAAGAAAAAUGCCCCUUUGGAAACAAAACAACAACAAAAGUCAUAAUUAAUUUUGGUGGCAUGGGCUGUUGUGUCUGUCUCUGUGUCUUGUUUUGUUUCAAAAGAAAAAUCCACCUCCCUUUUAUUAAAGAAAGAGAGAGAGAGAAACAAGAUUGUUCUGGAAGCAUGAACCCUUAUCUCUGAUGUGCGGAAGAGAAGGUGUCAAAGAGGAUUGUAAAUAUGCAACUGAGAUCACCCAGACAAAAAAAAAAAAGAUGUUCAACCCACUCACCAUCUCGGCAAGCUGCAAAUAAUUCUGUUGUUGGCCUUGCAUUUCUGGUGAUCGUCCUGUGCCAUUGUGAAUUUUGGUUGCCACGCUGAUAUCUGUGAAUGAACCUCUCGUGGGUUUUGUUUUGUUUAUGUUGUCAUUCCCAAUGCAUCUGCGCCCUCUGUCUUGGACUCUUCUCCACUAUUAUUUUGUGACAGAAUGCAGAAUUAGUCCUUAGGUGGAUGCAGUAUCAGCCGUGCCAUUCUGACGGCUGAGAUGGAUUCCACCAGAGGCUUCCCAAGCAUGACGCAUCUGUUGAGGUCAUAUGGAACAGCAUGGGCAGCACCCUUCGACAGAUGGAAAAGCCACACAGCAAAGUGGAGGCGACAGCGUUUUUCAUCCUCCAAGAAUGUAUUAAGAAAGUGUUUAUGUUGUGCCGUGAAUUUUCUAAAAGGGCCAUCCAAGCCAUGAUAGAGUUAUAUUUUUAAGAUUGA